AUGUCCCACAACUACUCCCAGGUGGGCCAGCACGACGUUCCUGACUUGAUUGAACAGGACGAUUUCGCCCCUCCACCUCAAAAUCAACAGACUCCUCUACAACCAGAUGUUGUAAAGCCACAGGUGCCUGAAGCUGCCAGCAGUAUGUUUCAGGUGAGGUUUUACAGUGGCUAUUUUGAUAUAAAUACCGAGGAAUUCUUUGCUAAGAUCAGACUUGCCUUGGAUCCGUUCCAGAAAGCGUCCGUGUUGGCUAGUCAGAAUGAGGAUGAAACCACGGAAUUGUACGGCGCCAUUUGGGUCACCGCCACCCUUAUUUUCCUUGUUUUCGUGUCUUCAACGGGCGCCAACAUCGUGUCCCAUUGGCUCUAUUUGGGUGACGAAAAUGGCGGAAAGUACGAAUACGACUUUGACCGCUUGACCGUGUCCAUGUCACUUUUCUACGGCUACAUUGCGCUUGUUCCACUUACAUUGUACGCUGUGACCACGUGGUGGUUGAAGUUUGCCGAUAGACUCUCGUUGACCCGCUUGGUGUCCAUUUACGGCUACGCUAACGUGCUCUGGGUGCCACUUACAGUGAUCAACUUUGUUCUUGUGGUGUUCGUGAGCAGCAAGAACCACAAGGUGCUCUUGAAUGUGUUUGAGUGGGUUUCUGUGUUGCUCAGCGGCGUCGUGACCGGCCUUAGUAUCAUCUUGAAGGUAAAACCGGUGAUCCUCAAGAACUCCUUGGAUCUUGCCGAGGGCAACGUCGAGCAAGGAACAAAGAACCAUCAUGUGUUGGUGCUCGCGCUCUGCGUUGUCCAUUUGGUCUUUACGAUAUUGGUCAAGAUCUCGUUCUUUGGUAUAAACUAA